AUGUCGCACGGAGCCGGGCUCGUCCGCACCACGUGCAGCAGCGGCGGCGCGCUCGGACCCCGGGCCGGUGCGCCGGGCCAGCUGGGCGCCGGGCCCUCGGACCGGCUGCUGGACCAGGGCUACCCGCGCACGCACGCGGCCCUGCUCAAAGUGGCGCAGAUGGUCACGCUGCUGAUCGCCUUCCUGUGCGUCUGGAGCUCUCCGGGGACCCACUACAGCGCCUACAGCUUCUUUGAAGUGGUCACCAUCUGCGACUUGAUCAUGAUCCUGGCCUUUUACCUGGUCCACCUCUUCCGUUUCUACCGCGUGCUCACCUGUAUCAGCUGGCCCCUGUCGGAGCUCCUGCACUAUGUGAUCGGCACCCUGCUCCUCCUCAUCGCCUCCAUCGUGGCCGCCUCGCAGAAGAACAGCCAGGGCAGGCUGGUGGCCGGAGCGGUGUUCGGGUUCAUGGCCACCUUCCUCUGCAUGGCCAGCGUGUGGCUGUCCUACAAGAUCUCGUGUGUGACGUCGUCCACAGAUGCAGCUGUGUGAGGAGGCCACAGCCCCCGCGGCCCCUGGGGGCUCUGCAGGACGUGGGCCAGCAGGGAGGGGGCCCGGCGACCCCAGGCAAGGCGGAGACAGUUCCUGUGCCAGCGGGGAGGGGCCUGCGCCUUCCUCCUGCUUCUCUGGACGCCGCACGUCCCUGAGCCUCGGAGAACAUUCCGGCCCUGCUGAGGGGAAGGCCGAGCAGCCUCUGGGGACCUCCGCCGCCCCUGCCAACGACCCCGCUGCUGAGCGGGAGUCCUGGGUGCGCACACCUGGCGCGUGAAGUGAGGCACGCGCGCCCUGCACGGGAGACCCCGCGUCUCCACUCCCUGUCUGCCCAUGUGCACCGUGUGUGUGAGAAUGCGUGUUUUUUAAAUAAAAUACUGACUUGGCCGCCAGCAGAGGACUUCUCACGGAACCGGAAGAAGUCUGCGAGACCAAGCCUUGCCGUGGCACCUGCUAUGUUCGGCAUACGCCUGAACACCAUGUUCUGUGCGCCCACCUUGCUAACCUGCCUCUUUCUGCCCUGAGUGAUGCUAACAGGGCCAGGCUGCAGGUUGUAGGUAAACAGAUGCAGGGUUUUGUAAAAUAUUUGAAAGGUACAGAGAGCUUCCAUUGCCGGUUCAAUUCCCAAAUGUCCACAACAGCCAGGCCACAGCCAGGAGGCUAGAACCCUAUCUGGGUCUCCCAUGUGAGAGGCAGGGGUCCAAGGACUUGAGCCACCACCUGUUGCCCCCUGGGAGCCAGGGACAGAGUUCUUGGCUCCUGGCUUUGGCCUGGCCCAGCCCUGGCUGUUGCCUGUGGAGAGUGAACCAGCAGAUGAGAUCUCCCCUUCCAAAUAAAUCAAUCACUACAUGGAUCUUUCUCGAAGAGGAGGG